UCAGGUGAUCGAUCACUUGGAAGACUUGAACAGUGGUAGAGAAGCAUCCUCGGCGAUUGUUUUUUUGUAAUCGUUCAUAGUUUUAAGACGAAAAGACUUGAGCUAACGGGAAAAGGGGACCCUGGAGCCACUGACCUUUGCACUUGCAACAGCAGGAUUAUUUAUUUCUGCUAAAACCACAGUCAUUUCAGCACAUGCUGUUGGGAUUUGUAUUGAGCCAUGAGAUUUGCCUUUGCCAGUUGAAAUCUGCACAUGAACUCCAUAAAUGCUUCUAAAGGAUUAUUAAAAUGACAGUUUUGCCUCCGUGAUGUCAUUCAGUUUGACAGUCAAGCGUUCUGUAAGCAAUACUAGUUAUUUAACGACUACCUUCAACAUCGUAGUGCUAGCUAUGUAUGUUAUCAUUUUAAUAAAUCUAAGCUCAGGAGAUAAUUUUAUUGCUAAUCAGUGAAUUCGUCUUUUGGUCGGUCCAAUCAUGUUGUCACUUCCAUUACUACGUCACACUGACGUUCCACCGAGAGUGACUGAGAACUUCAUUCUGUCUGGUUAUCGUUUCCCCAACUACAGCCUACGGCAGUGCCUAGUCUCUGCUUUUCAUCCCACCAAUGAGACCGGAAACUUCUGGACACACUUCCUCCCCAUUUUUGUGUUUGCCUUUCACUUUCUGGAGGUUUUCACGUGGGAAGGAGCGCCGGAACCUAGCAAUCCUUUUUUCUACCCUUUCUGGAACUACUUCCUGGGGGUGUUGUACCUGCUGCUAGCCAGCAGCCUGGCUCAUCUUCUCAACUCCAUGUCACUCAUCAUUCGUGAAAUCUGUUUCUUUGUGGACUAUGGGACUAUUAGUGCGUAUACAGUGGGUUCCUCACUGGCAUAUUACUACUACAUCCAUCCUCAAGCAGGAAUACCAGAGAUUGGAUUCGGGGGGCUGAACUCUACCCAAAGGAAGAGCCUAAACGCUAAUGAUGAGGCUUGGCCCUCGGCAUCUUCUCCCACUCAGUUCCAGCUGUUCUUUGAAAGCCUCUACAUCCCAUCCUCCUGUCUCGUCGCUAUCAUAUGCAUCAUCACCUGCUGUAACACCAGACAGUGCUGGCGGAGGUACCGCUAUGCUGUCCGCACCCUUGUCUUCCUCCUUCCGUUUUUUGUCUCCUCCACUCCUGUCUUCUACCGUCUCUCCGCGAGCUCGCCGUCAUCCUCCUCCCUUCAUCUGUUCUCCACCAUGGCUGCCUUCUUCUACCGCCAUUGCUUUUGGCUGGUGGUAUCUGCCCUCUUCAAUAUCAGUAAGAUCCCAGAACGUUUUUCUCCAGGGAACUUUGAUAUCUGGGGUCACAGCCAUCAGUGGUUCCAUUGCUGCACCUUCCUGUCGAUCCUGGAUGAGCUGCAAAUGAUCAAAGUAGAGAUGCAGGCCCUGCUUCUCAACCCAACUUUGGUACUAUCACCUGCAAUGCCACCUAGGCUCCCUGGACCAACACUCUGGUCCACCUAUGGGGUCAUGUUGCUCCUGCAGGGGUGCAUAGCAUGCAUUAUAGCCGGUUUUGGUUGGCAGGCGUAUCAGAUCUACGCACCAGAGCAAAAAAAGCUAAAGGUACAUUAGGAGAGACACUGUAUGCUGGUCAGGUUUAAAGAUCUUGUUUUGGAUUUUCAUUUUUGAACAAUGUUUCAAUGAUUUCUGAAGUAU